AUGGCAUCUUUCUCUUCAAUCUCCAAGACUCUUCGUGGCUGUUUGGUUAAAAGAAAUUCAAAUUUUAUGCCAACCCUUUCGAGAUGCAUGAGCAAUGUCCCAGAAAGCAGUGUUUAUGGCGGGCCACAGCCCCAGAAUCCGAACCAGAGAGUGACACUAACCAAUUUACGCCAAAAGUACAAGAAGAAUGAGUCUAUAACGAUGGUGACUGCCUAUGAUUAUCCCUCGGCGGUGCAUUUGGAUACUGCGGGGAUUGAUAUUUGCUUAGUGGGUGACUCGGCGUCGAUGGUGGUUCAUGGCCAUGACACCACUUUGCCGAUCACCAUGGACGAGAUGCUUGUGCAUUGUCGAGCGGUGGCACGCGGCGCCAAGCGGCCGCUCCUUGUUGGGGACCUGCCUUUUGGGACUUAUGAGUCAAGUGCUCAGCAGGCAGUUGAUACAGCAGUAAGGGUUCUAAAGGAAGGAGGGAUGGAUGCAAUUAAAUUGGAAGGUGGGGCACCUUCAAGAAUUACAGCUGCAAAAGCUAUUGUGGAAGCUGGAAUUGCUGUGAUGGGGCAUGUUGGGCUCACCCCUCAGGCCAUUAGUGUUCUUGGAGGAUUCAGGCCUCAAGGAAGAAAUGUGGAUAGUGCAGUCAAGGUAGUGGAGACUGCCAUGGCUUUGCAAGAAGUAGGGUGUUUUUCUGUUGUGUUAGAAUGUGUUCCUGCACCUGUGGCUGCUGCAGCAACAUCGGCUCUUAAGAUACCGACCAUUGGCAUAGGUGCUGGGCCUUUUUGUAGUGGUCAGGUGCUAGUUUAUCAUGACCUGCUUGGGAUGUUGCAACAUCCACAUCAUGCCAAGGUUACUCCGAAGUUCUGCAAACAGUAUUCUCAUGUUGGAGAUAUCAUCAACAAAGCUCUUCUGGAGUACAAGGAAGAAGUGACAAAUGGUUCUUUUCCUAGCUUGGCCCAUAGCCCUUAUAAAAUUUGUGCUAAGGAAAUUGAUGCUUUUACGCACCAGUUACAGAAGUCGGGUUUAGGUGAUGCAGCCUCUGCAGCAGCUGAUGCAGCUCAAAAGUUCGUAGCUACAAAAUCACAAGACGAAUAG